GCUUGUUUUCCCUUUUCCCCUACCUCCUCCAUCUAUAGGACCAGACAGACAGACAGACAGACAGACCGAAUGGUGACCACAGUUUCCAGCAAAUCAUCCACUUAGAGCCUUGAAGGGCACCAGUCCAGCACGCAGGAGUGGGGGGAAACAAUGCCGCCAACAUAUCUUCUAAAAAAACGCUGACAACGCCAAUAUCUGUCGUGCAUGACAGAGGCUGGAGCUAUUCGCCAAGCAAAGAAGCAUGCAGAUCAGGAUGACAAUGCAAGGUUCAUGCCGCCCUCAGCUCAUUCCACUCGUCAUCUUCAUCUCGACCGGUUGCUUUCGACCCCGCCGAUGUUUUUCACGUACGGACUGGACUGCUUGCUUGCCUACCUGCCUAGGCAGCGUGCGGCUUUCCUGGCCUCGACAUACGAGGCCCUUGAUACAUACACGUCGGCCGCCUCGCAAUGUCCUGAAGCAUGAAGCAUACCGAUUUCGUGGUCGAUAGGCAGAACCCGAGACUAGGCACUACCUCUGCCAGCUACGCCAUGCCACCCCACGCCACGCCACACCCAGCCAGCGAGACUGCCAUCCGCAAUUCUCCAAACCAUCCAGAUGAUCCCUGUGAUACCGCCCUCGGCAAUGCCCCUGUUGUGGCGUCAUGCAACAGUGACUUGCUUUCUGCACGCCAGACCAUUACCCAUCGACACUCGCUCUUUAUCGACGCAAGCCUACCGUCAUAUUUUCUCAUAAGGCCCGCCGUCUGUCUACCUGCCACUGGAAGUAACCUGGCGUCCGUGAUAAGUCACAUCACACAAGAUCUGAUCUCUGGAGUCAAGCAAAGAAGGAGCAUGGGGAACUGGUAUCUUUUACCUUUAUGCCUAGCAGAUGACGCCCAAGAAACCGCGAGAUGGCCUGGGGAAACCAGCCAGCCGGCCACCUUCGCACCGAUAGGCGUACUAUGAUGUGCAUAUUGAUGGCAUGCUGCCCGACACAGCAGAGGGAUCACCGGGCCCCUUCCCAUCCUGUUCUUUCCUGUCGGUAGCAGCGCGACCAUAGCAACAGCGUCAGGACCGGCGUUCAACUCAAACCAAAGACGGGCACCACCGUCAGAUACUAGCGGCCCGGUCCAACACGACUGAGCCAUACUCGACUAUCCGCUUUCUGGCCUCGAUGAGUGAGGCAGCCCGCCUUCGUUCGGAAAUUGUCCUACUGGGCUGCAUAGGCUUGUUCUGCCGGGUUCAGCUCCAUACUGUAGCUCUGCACACCAUUCACCAGAACCCCUCUUCGGUCCAAUAUGUGCGGAACCUGCCCUGUUGGACCGAAUCCCAUCAACUUGGCUACGAGUUCGCCGAUGGUCCGGCCAGUCCGGCCUCCCAGAAAUCCCCGAAAUCACACUUCUGAAACAAUCAAGUUGGUCUCCCUUCUCGUGGGUAGUGGCGCGCGUAUCAAGCACAAUUGCCUGGAUCUUACCAGACUAGUUGACGGGAACCUACACAAACGGCCAAUCCGAAUAACGCACUGGUCUAUAAUGAGACCAUACCACCGAACACGAGGUGCAGUACCUAAGCUAUAUCAACGAGCUCUGGGGUCUAUUAUCUCUCCCUAAAGAUUGGCCGUCCUGCACUCUCUUUGGCGCGAGGGGGGUGAGGGCGAUUGUUUGGAAUGAGCUUUGCCUUUCUUGACUGCCCUCCUCGGGUAAUGCGACAUCUCAUUGGAGCUUACGACGAGGUAUAGCGCAAGUUUGUUGUAUUCCUGCAUCACGACCGCUGCUGCCUCAACUGAGAGAAGCGGUUCGUCUUUCCCAAGCCCUGAGAGAGGGGGGUGCCCUGAUACGAAUUCCGAGGUAACUCAAUAGGCGCGGACAGCCUAGAGCGAGCCACAUUGCCAUGAGGAGAGAUGAUCCGAUGGGACCCUGUCAACCAGGCUCGAGCGAAACCCUGUUCCCAUAGCACGUGUCGUGUGGCGAGCCUGUGUCUGUCGGCCGAGACACGCGGCUAGACGUCUACUCUACCACCAUCCAUCAGGUCCGAUCCCAAGGAACCAACGUUGCGUUGGCCAUAUGAGCAAGCCACCCAGACUGGCGACAGGCAUGUCAGGUUUAGGACCGAAGACUUCGGUUUGGUGCGUGAUGGAUGGUUCGAUGGAUCUUCAGCAAAGCCCCCCUCCCCCCCCCCCCCCCCCCCAAAAAAAAAAGCCCCUGAUUGUUACCAAACAUGCUCAUCCGAUGCGGAUGUAGAGGAUGCGAGGCCGCCUUCGUUGUCUCCGCCGGCCUAUGGCUUGACAUUGGUCAAAGCCUCCUUUGGGAUUCAUAUUCGCUACCGUGCAGCCAAUCCGACGACACUGAGGGGCAGGGUGCUGGUCGAAUCUGGGUGCAAUGCGAAGAAGAAAAAAAGACGGCCAGCUCAAUGGCCGGGAUUGUCCGCUAAACGCCCCGGGCCUGCUUUCACGACUGCAAGCUGCCGUUAGUCUACCUACCUGCCAAGGCAAAUCCCGUCUCUAUCUGAAGGGGUUGUUUGUGGCGUUUCAUCCAGAUCCUUGACGGACGGGUAAUUGCAGACUUGAUGUAUAGAAGGAGGGAGAUCAGCGAGGCCUGGAAAGCGUCCUCGUCCAGCCAGGACGCAAGGCUUCGACUCACCCGGCUACACGCCGACGCAGGUCAGUAGAACCCCGCCCCUGGGCUUGAAGAGAGGAUCGCUUGGGUCCAAGCCCGAAUCCGUAUGCUGUAUCAUCUACAGACUACGGACUACGGACUAGAUAAAUGGAAACGUUGCCUGCGCCAUCUACCAACCCCAGCCCUAGGCGGCGAUGAUUGCCAACCAGCAGCAGGUUGAAUGGGAUAGUGUCAUUUCGGCCUGAUCGCGUCCGCGAAAACGACCACAAAGGCUUGCUGGCUUGAAUAGCCCCAUGGACUUGGGCCAUUGAGAGGCUUGGCCAAAGUCAGGUCGUACAGAAAUUUCACCCCCUACCCAGAAUACCUCAUCUUUCAUGGCGUUGGCCGGUCCCCAAUACCUUUGCUCGACGCCGCUUGGCGACUGCGACUGGAACGCUUCCCUACCCUGCGCUCUCGGCUCACACGCCCAUGUAUUGUAUUCUGACGACGGAACAGGUAGAGCAAAGCAAAGCGGUAAAGAAGAAGAAAAAAAACACGCCUGCUUAAGAAUUCGACCGGGGGAGGGGAGGGGUGGUUUUUCCUGGAGCUCCCCACACAACCCAAUGUCUCCUUCACCGUUGUCUCAGAGUCUGCACAACCCAUUUGCUCUCGCGUGGAGCACCCACCCCUGCCGCCCCUGUCUCUUUCAACUUGAUCUUCCUUGCUCCUUGGGACCUCUUGGGGCCAUCGGCAGUGUACUUGACCAUCCGGCUGUUCUGUCAUUGCCUGAUCUGUACGACAUGUGCGUCUCGAGAAGCCGGUCGCAUGUUGAGCCUCCAACCCAUAUUUGCUGCUUCUGUACGAUCUCGAGCAGCCACAUCUGGAGUUCUCUUCAGGAAAAGUAUAUAGAUACCAGGCUUCCAAGAUCCGGCGUGCUUUCUCGAGCUUCUCGCAACCCUGACGGCUUGAUCAACCACAUUGCAACUGAAGACAGUCGUACUCAGCAAUAUCAAUAUCCGCAACACCCUUCCCUACCUCUCUCACUCUUUAUGAACACCAGUACCUACACAACCCUCCUCCAAGAUACGAGUUCGAUUCGAUACUCGAACUAAUACGCAUCUUGACAUUUCGAGCCCAGUGUUCGGACAACUCACAAAAGUUGGCCUGCAGCAGAUCCACAAACGAGUAAGUUGGGUUGGUGCCCCGGCCCUUAGGUUGUCUUUACAUACACAUGGUGCCCCUCCCUCUCUUCCCUGGCGUGUCGUUCUUGAGUGGAUGAUCCGAGGCGAUUUGCACCAGGGGGGCGUUGUUGGCCAGGACCCAUCUCGCCGGUUUCCCCGCGCCAGGAUUCGAUUCGCUUCGCAUUGUGGGCGGGGUUUCUUGCUCUCCUC